UCCUCUGAAAAGUUAGAAAACAGAGGCUAUGCCACAGUCGGUUCUUGUCCUAUACGGAGUAAACUCAGCGGCGAUUUCUACAUCGGAAGAAAACAGGGGAGUGUGAAGGCCUCUAUAAAACACAAAAUGGCAUCCAAGACUGCCGUCUUCUUUCUUUUGCUGGCAUUUUGGGGAAUUUUGGACAUCAAAGCCGCGUCUGUUACCAGUUAUAAGAAAGAUAUGUGGGUUGAUCGUCUUGCAGGUUUAGUGUCUUCCUUUAUUUUUCAAAUUCUGUCACUUUACUAUCAUGGAUGGUGCACACGAAUUUCCCUCACUUUAAAAUCCAGUUUUCACCUCUUACUAUAACAAAUGAUUCGUAUAGACAAAUCCGCCAUCCAUAUUCUAAAAAUUAUUUCAUUUUUCAACCGCCCAGACCGACAACUACAAAAGAAUCGUUCAUAUUUUCAUCAGUUUCUGUAAGAAAAGGCACGGCACAACCUAGAAUGAAAUACAUGUACUUCACAAAUGUUAAUAAUAUGCCAAACGCGGUCAAACCAUCCUUUCUAACGUACAAGUUUAAUAUUCACUUUCCCAGCUGAUUCCAAUUCAGAAAAUUCCUUACAUAUAAAUCGUAACAUAAAGAGAUUCAAAAGUUGUUUAAGCUUAUUUCAUGAUAUCACCCGGAGAAUGAACGGCAUUUUUGUCCCUGAUUACUCGACACUAACACAAGAAGGUGCCGAAAAUAUUCCAUUCCACAGAUACAGUAAAAAUAUAUUAAACAUUCCUCGCUGAAGAUAGGCGUUGGAACUUAAUUUUUAAUUACAGAUGGAUCCCAGAUGACAAUGGUUAAAGUCAUUCCAGUUGUUACUUUUCACGUGACUCUUUCAUCAAAAUUCACUUUCGGAUGAAAAAUAUUCAAAUUGUACUAUUUUUUUUAAAGUUAUGCAACAUAUGAGGAAAAAUAAGACGCGUUUCUCAUUAGACGCGUCCUAAAUAAGACGCAAACUAUGCAAACUAUGCCGUGUCUUAGCAAAGACGCGUCUUAUCGAAGAACAGGUGUUAGGGGCUGUUCUUAGGUAAGACGCGUCUUAGCUAAAUUUGAAACGAAAUUUGCCGUUUUGUAUACGGGAUAGUUUGAGUCUUAUGUAGGACGCGUCAUUUGUAAGACGCGUCUUAUUUUUCCUCGUUUAAACGGCCCCAAUGGAUCCACAUGAAAAAUCCCACGAAUGUUUGAACGGAACAGUGGGCGGGAAUCAAACUUUUGUGCUUGCUUUGUUUCCUUUGAUAUUUGUUUUGUCGCUUGUUGUUUUGUCUAUUUUAAGGUUUUCUGUUUUUGCUCUUGGCUGUUUCAAUCGACAGAAACGGAUUAUUAAUCUAGAGAAACUAUGGUCAUCACUGCCAAAUAGAAUUGAAGGAAUCGAGUCUUAAAAAAUCGAAACAUCGGCUUUUGAGCUCAUAUAUCAUUCAUAUCUCUCCCGGCCUGGGCUUACAAAAAGUUGCAGAGCCCAAAUUGAAAAUUGGCUGCUGUGAAAGCAAUCAACGCGUAGGCAAGAAUUUAAAUUGAUCAAGAAAAAUUGGACUAAGUGACCCAUUGGCUGUUGUUCACAGCUAAUCUGCAAUCAAAGAGUCCGAACCUAGUCCGUUACAAAUCAAAACCAAACGUCUAACGUGUCUACAAAGUAAAUAAUGAAUCGUGUGUUCUAUGAGAUUGUGAAAUUUUAUUGGGAUGAUAACUGGCAAUUAGACAGUAACUACUGCAGCUUCAGAUUUAGUUUUUGAUUUAAAAAAUUGGUGUCAACCACGGAAACCAACUUUGGCCUAUUUUCACACUAGACCGGAUAACCUGCGAUCAGGCGUUCUUUUUUCGGGAUAGCGCAAACAAAAAGGGAAGAAGGACCACCUGAUAGCUCCUUGUGCCGACACGAUAGGCUGUCUUGUAUACUAUGAACAUCAUCCGAUAUGUGACUCUUCACUUCAGAGAUCGGCGCGAUGCAGCUUCGCUCAGUUACAGAAAUCGCGCCGAAAUCACUGUUCUUAUGAUGAAUCCAGUAUGGCUUUCGUGCCUGCACACAAGCCACCUGGUACUUACCUGUGAACAUAGCCUUGGACAAUUCACUUACCUUCUUCAGGCAGACAAUUGCUUGAUAAGUCAGAACAAAAUUGUCAUGACCAUUUCGCUUUUCAAAACAAUAAUUCCUUAGGAAAAGCCGCAGUCUUUAACGGAGGAUCGUCUUGCUCCGUCAAUUCAGAAAAUCAUCCUCUUGAAGCCAAUCUUUCCGUCUCUAUUGUUUUGUUUUGUUUUGUUUUUUUCAGACUCAGACGGGAGUAAGCGAACCGCAAAUGAGGACAGGGAAGAAUCAGAUUAUAAGGCUGAAGGUAUCUUCGCUUUUAGAGACAUAUAGAUACUCUAAUCGUUGAGUGGUGCUUAACAACAAUUAAAAGCUUUUCAAUAUUUCAGCAAGAAGGUGUCAGCAGUGAAGUAUGUAAGUCAAACAUUCCCUCUUUCACAGCAUUACUCGAAAAGCUUGCACCUAUUUUUCUCUUCCUAUAUGCUGUUGCUAUUAUAAACAAAGAAAGAGAAGAAAAAUCCAUAUUGCUUUGUUAUUCAUUCGUAAAUAAGAAGCCUCACUCGCACAAGUGAUUUUCCGCCAGCUCGCCAAACUUUUCCCGUAACUCCCUGGAUGAGCUGCUCGCCGGCUAGAAAUGAGCACCGCCCCAGAAUAAGAAUUGCUCCUACAACUUGAAAAAUAAAAGCACCGCGGCGCUCUUUAACGGUACCAGAGCAAAAACUAUUUAGUGCUUUUUACGGUCGGGUUAUAAACUCCCACGGAUAUAAGCAAGCCCCUCCGUUAAUAAGCCUCCCUAAAAUCUCUGACGAAAGCCCAGGGAUUUAUAAGCAACAGUUCACGGUAUAAGAUUUUAUGCGCUUAUAGUUGCGUCGGUGUUCGUUAUCAUUUGACAAGACUCUUGGGGUCGGUUAGUCUAACUUAGAUCGGGUUUUAGGAAAUCUUUGGACCUCAAGAUCUCUUCCUUAGUGGGUUAUUUUAAGGAAACAAAUGCUUUUCCAGUUUACACUACAUGCUUUGAUGAAACUGUUCACGCUAAAUAGUGUUUACAUAAAAGUGUUUGGCAAACUGAAAAUCGAUUGGGACGUGUUAAACACUCGCUAAACUGCUUUUGAGUAACUAGCCCUAGAUCUUUUACGUGCUUUUGGAAUUAGAUCGUUUGUGUGAACCAAGGGCUUGACGGAGCUGACAUUUCUUUUCUUACGAAAGAAAAUGUCAUGUUAGCCGGGUUUCAAUAAAACAAUUCUGACAAUUGUGUUUAUUUAAAUGUCCAGCAGGUGAUGUUGCUUUCGAUGUCAACGGGGUAUCUGAUUACUAUAACAAUGCUCUAGAGAACAGGGAAGGUAAAUGA